AUGCGCGAAUCUCGAGGAGAACAUCCGAUAAACGAUUGGAGGACUAUGAAACAGGAACUUAGGAGAAACUAUUUACCGCCUUCCUACUACCCUAAGCUUCUAGAUAAGUGGAAUCGACUAACCCAGGGGAGCAAGUCAGUCAAAGAUUACAUCUCCGCCUUCGACGAUUUCCUGAUUCGUUGCAACGGCGAGGAAUCCGCUACCCCAACACAGAUCUUGUCUAUGUUUAGAGCUAGCCUUCGGGAAGAUCUUCGCACUGAACUGUUUGCUAGAGGAAUAGACACGUUAGAGGCCGCCUGCAGCCUGGUACUUGACUUAGAGGAGUCCAAAACCCAUUCCCACACUAGGCAGUUUGACUCCCGACCCAACCCGUAUCGCUCUUCCACCAGCCAGCCUCAAAGCCGACCCACAAACUCCACCGGUAGCCGACCCGCUGCUAGUUCAGCCCCUCAUCAUCCAGACCUUAAGGGUAAAGCACCUGAACGUGACACCCCAAAACCCAAUUCUGGAACCAAAUGUUAUAGGUGUCAUGGGUAUGGGCACAUUGCCUCGCAAUGUUCCAGUCCCUAUAAGGUCACCAUAAUAGAAGAGGUUGAUGACGACGAGGACGAACCCGAGACUGACUUAGUUCACCAUGUGGAUGAAGAGGAAGAUUCUUUUACAGAGGAUGAACCUGUCACCCUGCAAGUCAUUAGAUGUGCACUGUCCCAACCUAAACCGAGUGAUGAUUGGAGAAGAACAUCCAUUUUCCAUACCUUUACUAAGAUCGGGGAUAAGAACUGUAAGGUUAUUGUCGAUAGCGGAAGCUGCAUCAACGCUGUCUCUUCAGCGAUGAUUUCUAAGCUCAACAUUAAGGCCACACCUCACCCAAAUCCGUAUAAGGUCGCCUGGAUUAACUCAACGUCCAUGGAAAUCAAAGAUAGGAGCCUUAUCCCGCUCGAGUUUAAUGGAUAUCAGGAGAAGAUUUGGUGUGAAGUGUUGACAAUGGAUGUGGGCCAAUUUAUCCUUGGUCGUCCUUGGCUGUUUGACAACGAUGUCCACAUUUAUGGGAGGACGAACACCUGCGUGUUCGAGCACAACGGAAAGAAUAUUAAGUUGAUUCACUCACAGCCCCGACCCGAUAAGAGUGAAACUAAAGUUGUUCCCCCUAAGCCUAAUAAAGGCUUACACUUCUUAACUGCGAAAGAAGUGGACUUGGAAAUUCACCACGGAUCACCCAUGUACGCCCUGGUAGCUAGGGAAGUGGAUGAUGAUCAUGAAGGGCAAAUCCCCGAAGAAGUAAAACCCCUUCUAGAGAAAUUUGCUGAUGUCUUCCCCGAGGAGCUACCUGACCAACUUCCACCCCUUAGAGACAUCCAACAUGUCAUUGACUUGGUUCCUGGAGCAUCCCUGCCUAACCUCCCUCACUACCGGAUGAACCCAACGGAGCACGCUGAGCUAAAAAGGCAAGUAGAUGAACUUCUACAACGAGGAUUUAUUAAAGAAAGCAUUAGCCCAUGUGCCGUUCCUGCCCUCCUAACUCCCAAGAAAGACGGCUCUUGGAGAAUGUGUGUUGAUAGCCGUGCUAUCAACAAGAUACCGUUAAAUAUCGCUUUCCGAUUCCCCGACUAG